AUGUAUUUAGGAGCAAUGCAUUUAGCAAAAAUCAUGCUGUUGUCGGAUGAUGUUUUAUUUCUUUCAUCACAUCUUAAUUUUUGCUUAUUCUUCACUGUUGAUUUUCAUAUUGUUUGCUUCAGCACAUGUGCAUAUGACAUGGAUAUAUGUUUGUACUUUGAUUUGAUGUUCUCACUCAACGAUGUUUUGUUGACUAAAAACAAACAUAUGUUCUCUAAUCUAAUGUCUAAACUUAUGGUGCUUGAUACUUAUGAGAAUCUUUUGUGA